GGCUUAGUAGCGGCAAGAUAAUGAGGAGUCUGGAGAGAUUAUCCGGUAGCGAUCAGGAUUGUAUCGAUCAGGAAAUGUAUAUCGACUUGGACGACGUGUCUGUGGACUCAAUUACGGGUAAAAGAGGACGUCACCAUGUCAGUGGCGAAAUGGGGGAGGAGAGCGACAGCAGUGGGAGUGAACGUAGUCCGAAGCAAGCUAAAAGGCGAAAUCGCGGUAGCAGCGGUCCGCCAACAACGAGAAGACGAAAAAGUGGUAUUUCCGCGAGAGAGAGAAACCUCAGACGAUUGGAGAGUAACGAGCGGGAGCGAAUGAGGAUGCAUUCGCUGAACGAUGCCUUUGAGCAAUUGAGAGAAGUAAUACCUCACGUUAAAAUGGAGAGAAAACUAAGCAAAAUAGAAACACUUACGCUCGCUAAAAAUUAUAUAAUGGCAUUGACUAAUGUCAUAUGCGAAAUGCGAGGAGAAGAGCAACCUUACACAUUUGUCGACGGUGAAUGUGGAUCAAGCAGCGGUGACAGUACCGGACAACUUGAGCUUAGUGGCGGAGAACAGCCAGAGGAAGCAUCACCGGCUUCUAUUCAUGAAGCUAAUAAUAAUAGUCUUCUGCAUGAAGAUCUCGAGCGCAGGAUACCUUAG